UCUUCUUAUUCUUGCCGUUGAGCCGUGAUCGUGGAAGUGGAUGUUUUGGUGAGAAUAUAAGGUGUUUGAAAGAGACGUAAACACGCUUAAAACAUGACUUUUCGAACGAGCGGGACCUAAGGUGGCGGAAAGCAGCGCGCCUCGGCCUGACAUUUGUUGUGGUUUCUGCUGGUGUUCCUCCGCAUGCUUGCCGUGCUCGUAGAUGGUUUCGGGCGAGCGUUGUCUAGCGGCGGACGACGACUUCUCGACGAAUAACAUGAAGGAGAUGAUCGGUGGGUGCUGCGUGUGCUCAGACGAGAGAGGUUGGGCAGAAAACCCGCUGGUCUACUGCGACGGACACGGCUGUAAUGUGGCCGUGCACCAAGCCUGCUACGGCAUCGUGCAGGUGCCCACUGGUCCGUGGUUCUGCAGAAAAUGUGAAUCUCAGGAGCGAGCAGCCCGUGUGAGGUGUGAACUGUGUCCUCAUAAAGACGGCGCCCUCAAACGGACAGACAACGGAGGCUGGGCUCAUGUGGUGUGUGCUCUCUACAUACCUGAGGUGGAGUUUGCUAACGUCUCCACUAUGGAGCCCAUCGUACUUCAGUCUGUGCCGCAUGAGCGCUACAACAAGACGUGUUACAUAUGUGAGGAUCAGGGCAGAGAGAGCAAAGCAGCCACUGGAGCCUGUAUGACCUGCAACAAACAUGGCUGCCGACAGGCCUUCCAUGUCACAUGUGCCCAGUUUGCCGGGUUGUUGUGUGAGGAACAAGGAUCAGACGCGGACAAUGUCAAGUACUGUGGAUACUGCAAAUACCACCACAGCAAAUUAAAACACAAGGAGCGGGACAGACACAAACCGAGGCAUAAGAAGACCUCCAUGGACAUGUCACCCUCCUUGGUUCUCCCAAACAUCAUGGUCCCAGACAAGACCUACAACAGCAGCGGUUCCGCCGGAGCCAUCACAACUCUGCCUGCCGCUGCGCAAAAGCGUCUGGAUGAUAGCGCUGCCCGCUUCACCAACGCCAACUUUCAGGAAGUGCCGCCUUCUCACUCCGGCGGCGGUCCCAAGGACAGCUUGGCUGCCGACGUGGGAAAGGCGGCCUCUGAGGUGAAGAACAAGAAAAGCAGCGGUGGGAGUCACGCUGUAGGACAGAGGGGUGGCCGCAAAUCUCUCACUUCUUCCUCAGGGAAACUCCUCCCCUCAGCCGUGGUCACCAUGGCAGCAUCCUCCACAUCUGUCGCCACGUCCGCUGGGCCCUUCCUUCAAGGCAUCCUUUUGCCUAAUGCUAGCAAGAUGUCCUCUGCUGCUUCCUCCACCGAAUUUUUGAGUUUCUCCGAUCCAGUGUUGCGUCCCGGGGGCGGAACCACCUUCUCUUCCCCGCCAACUUUCAGCAGCUGUCUUGUGAAGCCUAGCUCAGAGGGUGGAGUCUCUGAAGGAACCACAACACUCUUUGGGUCUCUCAUGUCUGCCACUGCAACGUCUGGAGUUGGCGGGAAGCUGUAUGAAAAUUCCCACAGUCUCUCAUCUGCUGAUUCAACAACCCUGGGUACUGCCGGUUUCAAACGGGCCCAACCCGCUGCCUCAGGUCCAGGGAUCGGAGGAGCAGCACCAGCAGGAGAAGAUGGGAUUAAGAAGAAAAAAAAGGGCAACUGGCGAAAUCGAUUUGGACCUUGUUUCACCACAGAUGUGAAGCCUUCAGAGGCAGCUCCGCCCCUGACGCUCCCAGCGUCCUCCACACCAAACAGUAGCGCCUGCACCCUCUCCCCAUCCUCCUCCACGUCAUCAUCGCUUUCAGGCCGGCCAGGCUUGGUUUCCACAAGUGGAUUAGGAGUCGGGGUGACAGGAGACAGAGGCUUAGGAGUCAUCGGUGUCAGCAGUGGGGUUCAGAAAUCCCCAUCACUCCUUAGGAAUGGAAGUCUGCAGAGUAACAGCAGCUCCACAAACACAGGUCCAGGUGUUUUCUCCACCACCGAUGUGUCGUCAUCGUGCACAGGAGUCGGAUCCGCAGAGUCUGGGCAGCAGCACCAGGCCACACCGUCUCUUGCCCCUCCCUCUCCCUUCACUACCACGGCACCGCUAACCAGCACAGCCUCAACGCACAUGAGCGGCCUGCCGGGCUCCGUCUUUAACCUGGCUCCUUCCCACAUGUUUGGGAAUCGUCUCAACCCAAAUUCCGCCAUGGCAGCGCUCAUCGCCCAGUCUGAGACCUCGCCUGCAGAUCAGGAGGGGGGAGACGGCGGCACUCAGAGCUUCUCCAUAAGAGCUUCACCCAAGACCACCCCGCGCUCUCCCAUUGGUGGCCUGCAGAUCCGUUAUGACUCCUCGGGGUCGUUGCCGGGGCCAGGGCUGGGGUUGCUAGGAACGGGGGCAGGAGGCAGCAGCGGCGGAGAUACGCUGCCCCCGGUGGCCACCAGCAUAGAGCAGCUACUGGAGAGACAGUGGAAUGAAGGGCAGAGCUUCCUACUGCAGCAGGGCGCGCAGGGAGACGUGGUGGGGAUGUUGAAGUCACUCCACCAGCUGCAGGAGGAGAACAGGAGACUGGAGGAGCAGAUCAAAACUCUGACCAUGAAAAAAGAGAGACUGCAGCUCCUCAGCGCUCAGCUGUCUGUGCCGUUCACGCCCACCGUGACCCCGUCCGAUGUGAAGGGAGCCACCGACUCAUCUCUACCAGGUGCAGCUCAGGACAGCGCGUCAUGUGGCAGUGGCUCCACCUCCUCUCUCUCCACCCCGCCCUCUGUCUCUCAGAGCCCACCACAAGUCAAUGGCGUUGCCACCAUAGGAGUGGCGCCGGCCGGGUUGGGAGGUGUGGCAGGGCUAAUGGGCGCACUUGGCGCAGGAAGCGCUCUGGGAAUGGGGGGAAUUGUCGGGGCUCUGAACGGAGUGAUCCAGACGCCGGUGGGCACUGCCAGCCCUCACGCACACACUACAGGCUCAACGACGGGCGUCACACUACCCGUCUCGAACAGUGCCGCGCGGCUCGGCCUGCUGACGGAGCAGCAGAGACUCCUCCUGCAGCAACAUCAGCUCCAGCAGCUGCUGAGCUCACAGCCUUCAGCGGAGCAGCAGCAGGUGUUGUUCUACCAGCUGAUGCAGCAGCAGCAGGACCUGCAGCAGCUGCACUCGUUCUCCUCCUCUGCUCAGAUCUCCUCCAACUCACUCUCCUCCCCUCAGCUUCCCAUCGGCAACCUGCUGCCCACCGCCGCCGCCCAGAGCCAAGGCACCAUCACCACCAACCCUUUCCUGGCGCUCCAGCACGCACACACCGACACUCACGCCUCCCCGGGAGCCCAGAAGCCACGGCUCGCCGAGAAGGCCAUGGGUGUCGCCGGGCAGGAGAAGACAUGACGGCAGGCAGCCCUCUGUGUUCUCUAAACAAAUAUGCAGAGUUUUUGAAGCGAUCACCGUGUUGGGCAACUUAGCGGCGCGGUGACGAGAACGAUGAGCAGCGAACGGGAAGGCAACCAUAACGGACACGAAUCACACAAAAGAGAAAUGAAGCAGGAAGUGUUGCGGAAAUUCCAGCUUUUUAUUAUUAUUUUUUUCCUUUAAGUAAAAUUUGUAGACGACCAUAAAAAUCAUCACUAAUACAAUCAAAAACAUAUUUAUUGACAUAGAGCCCAACGGAGUUCCAUUGUAUGACCUCUGACUUUGUUCACGACGCUAACGCUGCUGCUGCUCCACAUUCAGAGCUUUAAGCACGUUAAACACAAUAAGGCUGUGCUUACACCAGUGUUUUAACCAUCAACAUUUCAUUUCAAAGAAAUUUGCAAUGAAUUUCGUGUAGAAAACCUAAUUUAUUUGUGGCAGCGGUUCAUCUCAAAUUGUCACGUUACUGCCGAGGAGGCGGCGUAAAGGCUGUGCAAAACGUCAGCGGCUGUCAUAUUAGCUAACCGUAUCAUAUCAGACUGAGUCAAAACUCAAAUUUUGGCGUACCAAAGUACAAACUGUUACAAAAACAGUUUGAUGUAGAUUUCAGCUGCAAGAAAAGCAGCUACAGUUUAUUUGACUGUUCUGUUAGCAUUUUUUCCUCUUAAUUGCUAAUUUAUUCUUGCGGCUACAGAUGUGAGACUCAGCGGUCAUACUGAGCGCGUGAAGGUCUGACGCUCUGAGCUGCUACAACAGAACCCAGUGGUGCCGUGCUCUGAUUAACAGUAUAUUACAGGUACUGCUGUUUUCAUGAGAUACUAACAAUGUAAAAUUGUUGCUGUUUUUGUGUAAUUUGUUUAGUCAUUUUGAAUUUUGACAGGAUUUGUAUGUGACACGGCGAAAUUCCCACAAGAUCAGGUGCAUCACAGACACAGGUUAUGAAAAGAUGGAUACGAUACAGUUAAUCACUGCUUGGUCCUACUCGGUUAGUAGUACUAGUACUGCAGUAUGUUGGUGCUAAUGCUGGGAAGAAAUGUCUCAUAUCUGUAGCCAUGAUCUUUAUUAAUUGUGUAGCAAACUAGCUAGCAGAGUCCUUUUGUUAUAGCUUGUUCAGUUAUCGAGCUAGCUAGGCUAGUUAGCAUAUAGCUUAUUCUGUUCAUUUUUUAGCAUAUUUUUGAGUCAUAUUACACUUGAUCAUUCAGACAGUCACACCCCCAUGUUUUUAUUUUAUUUUUAUUUUAUUUAUUUUUUUUUUUUGGUUAGUGAUCUUGUAGUUCCGAUGCUGGAUAUUUAUGUUCGAUGAUUAGCUCCAUGUUUUAGCUGUCAGGUCCCGUCAAAAUUAGUCUGUGUCUCAGCCCCGCCCAUUCUACUAUCUAUGCAUUAAAUUUACUGUUGAUCCUUAAAGUGGCUGCAGUGGGCUAGCAUUAGCAGUUAGCCUAGCUAGCAUACAGUAGAAUGUUACAUGUAACUCUGCACCUUCCGGUUGACAUACAUGAGCGUGUUUUAUAUGCAGCAUUAGAUCACAUGAUCAUGUCCAUUCUCUUAGCGUGAGAGUUGACCAACAAGUUGACGUCUCAGCAAGCUUUUCAUUAAUGUCUCAGUAUUUUCCGACCUGUUCUCUCACUUUUGUUGUUCUACAUUUCUCGGUGUGUGGUUUCUCUUCCCUUUUGAUGAUACAUUUAGUUGUUUUUCUGUUGCACUCCCGUCAGUCUCGGUCCGGUUGCUCUGCUCUUUCCAGAGUUUAGCACUCAGUUAGCACACAAGCUAACGCGCAACUGCAGUCCUAAACGACAAAUCAACAAAAAAAAAUCCACAAAUGACAGAUAAUGUUUCUCUACGGCAGGACUUAAAGGCUGUUUUAUGCUUCUUUAUCGGAACAGAUCAAUGUCUCGACACGAGGAAUAAGUUGAAUAAAUGAAAACCGGCAAUGCUAAGACAUGUUGACGUGGAGUCCUUCCAAAUCCCAACAAAAUGUUGGGAUAUAAUUGGCCAAAUUUCAAAUUCAUCUCCAUCCUUUCAGUGCUGCACAUUAAAACGGCAGUUCUGAAGAAAAGCUAAAGUUGCACACAAUUACAGUGUUGAUAUAUUACUACCAGAAAUCAGGUUUUGAAAUGUUCCUAUUUAAAAUAAAACUGAGAUGCCUCUUCUGCUUUAUUAAAUAAAAUAAAUUAUCAAGUUACACAACUGAUUUUAUGCAAAAUAUCAAGGUCACAGUAACAUAUUGCAAGAGGAUAUAUUGUAGAUUAGUGCGUAUUUGCCCAAUGUGGUGAAAAAUAUUUGAACAAUCUGGUGUGGAUUAUUCACAUUUGAGGUCUGUGUUGGUGAAUGUUGACAAGAAAUUCACAUCAGUGCAGAAUCACUUCAAAAAUUGAGUGGAAAUUGUAGGUGGCUAGUGUACUAGCUAGCUGUCUCAGCUAAUCUACAAAUGAUUAAGUUUUGUUUGUUCCAAAGACUGAUACUGUUGUUUCCAGUUGUAAGACAAGGCUGAAUCUUACAAAUAUUCCCUUGAAGUAUAUUUGUUUGACUUGUGAUCCCGUUAGCUAGCAUAGCUCAGUCGUAACUGCACCUUGCAAACCAGCUAGUAUACUUGCCAACAUUAAGAGUAUAGUAAAACCAUUUUUUUUAAUGCCAAGACUGUUAGUUUAAGAAUACUUGUACAAAUAAAAAGUAUCUGUACAUUCAUUUAACAAAUAAUACUUUACAUUGUACUUGGUGAGAAUGUGGUGUUCCACUCGGAUUUCUGCGUUGUCACAUUGACAGGUCCAUAGUUAUGCAUGCAUGUUCUCAUGCACGUGGAUGGAGAAGCAUUACUCAGCCUUUAAGAACAGCAGAUGUUUUGACGUCUCGUCCUGACGGGAAAAGUUAGGCGGAAGUUUUGUGGGAUCAGCCGCGUGUUCUGACUGUCGCCUCCAUUAGCGUCGCUCCCACGGCACCUCCUUCCGUCACCGCAGAAGCCUUGCUUUGACUGGCUCCUCUCCGGUGCAGAGGGUUCAGUCAGCGAAGACAAAAAAUAAAUAAAUUAACCCCACAACAUAGAAUUGAGCCGGCGCGGAGCCGGCGCCACCGUUAAGGUCACCUCUUCCUGAAUGAGCCCCCUACUGCACCUACCUCUCGGGCGGGACCAGCCUAUCAGGACCUACGGGCCCGCACCAGCCAGGACUGGCAAAGCAGGGUCCAAACCCAAGUGCCUGAGGCCACGCGGGGGAAGGCGGGGCUUAUCCUCCUCUCGCCAGAGUCGCUGUCUUUCAGUUCAGUUCUCACGACGCUACUGGUAAUUAAGCUGCGUUGCUAAGGCAACAUAUUAAUAAACACUUACUGUUUCUUUAACAAAACCAGGAAAUCAUGUUCUGCUGCGUUCUCGCAUAUCAAAGCCAACUGUAUAGUUUUUUUAAUUAUUAUUAUUAUUUGGGGUUGGUCUAAGGGGCAUCAGGGGCUCCGUUUUACAUCCCGCUGAUGUUCAGAUUUAACAUCUUUUUGUUUUUUAUACUACUGCGUGAUUUUUUUUUUCCUCACCUAAUCAGUCUAAACUUGCUGUAAACCUUUUUAAAGACAUUAACUCUGUUUGAAAGCUAGGCUUGAUAUUUGGCGGCUGGGAGCGUGGCCUGUACAUAGCUGCCUGGUGGCAGUUUUUACCUCGUUAAAUGUACAGAAACAUUUGUGGUUGGCCGUUGGUGUAAAUAAGUGAUUGUGAUUGGCUGUGCUGGUGUGAAGGAAAGCCAUUGAAGCCUCAUGGUGUGUGUGUGUGUGUGUGUGUGUGUGUGUGUGUGUGUGUGUGUGUGUGUGUGUGUGUGUGUGUGUGUGAGUGUGAGUGUGAGUGAGAGAGACUCUUAGGACCAGACAAAAAGGUCGACAAUGACUGGAGACAGAAAGUAUUAAUUUAUUUUUAUAUGUGCAGGGAGGUGUUUCUUUUUUAAGUUUUGCACCAUUUUCUGGAUGAGAUGCUGUUUUAUACUCUGGGCACCGUGUUUUCAUCUGUGCGCACAUUUCUUCGAUUUUUGUAUAAAAAUAAAUAACAGGCUAAAAAUUCUGACAUUGUAUUUCAAAACAAAAUAAAGAAACACUGUGGGGAAAU